AGAAAGAAGUCUGCUUUAGUGGCAGUCUUUUCUUUAUUACUAAUUUUUUUUUUAUAAAAAAAAAAAGAAGGAAACAUCUUCGCUGCAAAGACUCCCCACCUGCAACGGUUAUACAAAGCGAUCAGAAAACUAUUAUUCGAUUUCUCUGUGUAUCGCCUAAAUCCUUAUUCUAUAUCAACACUGACCAAAAACUUGAAAAAGCUUCUUCUUUUUUUUUUUCAAAAAAAAAAAAGUAUUUUCUUUUUUCAAUUGCUUGUGCGAGCUAAUAAGAAGCAGAAGGAAGAAGACGGUAAUAUCAGCUACCCCCAAGCAACAACCACAAAGCGAAUUAAUCCAUUUUUAGCUCUUAAUUGGAUUGCUUAUAGAUUGUUUAAGGAGGUUGCUUUGGUCUCGAAUUUGGACUGGUGGUGGAUGGGGGGGCUUUAAUUAAAACAAGUUGGGGAUAUUUUUCGUAGUUUUGAUCCUAUGGACAGGUUAUGCUGUUUUAGUGGUUCCUACUCUCAGCUUGUAGGAGGACGUUCUUCAUCAAGCUCUGGUAAGGGAAAAAGCCACGAGGGUCUAGUCAAGUAUGGUUUCAGCCUAAUAAAAGGGAAAGCUAAUCAUCCCAUGGAGGAUUAUCAUGUUGCCAAGUUUGUGCAGAUUCAGGGACAUGAAUUAGGGCUUUUUGCUAUUUAUGAUGGCCAUUUGGGAGAUAGUGUGCCUUCAUACCUACAGAAGCAUUUGUUUUCCAAUAUCCUAAAAGAGGAAGAGUUCUGGGUUGACACCAACAGAUCUAUCUCAAAAGCCUAUGAGAGAACUGACCAGGCAAUUCUCUCUCAAGGUUCUGACUUGGGGCGAGGUGGAUCUACAGCUGUGACUGCAAUUUUGUUAAAUGGUCAAAAAUUAUGGGUAGCUAAUGUUGGGGAUUCGAGAGCUGUCCUUUCAAGAGGGGGUCAGGCAAUUCAAAUGAGUACAGACCAUGAACCUAACACUGAAAGAGGCAGCAUAGAGCACAGGGGUGGCUUUGUCUCCAACAUGCCAGGAGAUGUCCCUAGAGUUAAUGGCCAGCUGGCAGUUUCUCGUGCUUUUGGAGACAAGAGCCUUAAAUCACACCUGCGAUCAGACCCUGACAUACAAGAGACCAUCAUAGAUAACAAUAUAGAUAUCUUAAUCCUUGCAAGUGAUGGCCUUUGGAAGGUGCUCACAAAUCAAGAGGCUGUUGAUAUUGCAAGAGAGAUUAAAGACCCACUGAAAGCAGCUAAGCAGUUAACAGCUGAGGCAUUGAAAAGAGAAAGUAAAGAUGAUAUAUCUUGUGUUGUUGUUAGGUUCAGGGGGUAAAGCCUAUCGAACACCAUCUUUCUCAUGGUGCUGCGUGUAUACCUACUGCGAGAGUUCCUUGACACAGGUUGCGAAUAUGUGAAUUAGACAAACGACAAUUACAUACUUGGUUGGGUUAUUGAGAGGUUCAGCAGGAGUUCGUAAUUGCCAAAGGGAGAAAAGGGCGAAAGGGUUCCCCAGCCUCUGUAAAUUUAUUUUAUUGAUAAGGUUCUGGUGUUUGAAAUUGUUUGAAUUUUUUCUGAAAUUGAAUUAGAAGCCUAAUGUACAUCGUCUUAUAAUCUGCAAAGAAAAACAUGGAUCUUUAUAUAGAUAUAUGAAGAAUAUGGUUCUGAUUGCUCA